AACAUAUAUAUGUGAUGAUUUUAAUUUACAGCAUGAAAACUAUAAAAUUAUUAUAUUUGGGAUAAUUAUACAAACAUUUAAAUAUGUGAGUAACAUUAAAAAUAUAUAAUAAUUAUGUAAAACAAAUAUCUAUAUAUAUAAAUGUGAAAAUAUAUACCCGCACGUUUGUGCGGAUGGAAAUCUAGUACUUUAAUUAAAAUAAGAAAAAAAAAUGAGUCUAAACGUGGUCCAUCCCAAAGUCCAUUACACAAUAAGAGAAGAGAGGAGUACCGCUUUUGCUACCCCAUCGGCUACAAUAUUUUUCGAUCGAGGAAUAUGAGAGAAAGAGAUGCUUGUGAACUAAAACAAAUGUUUUUAGAACCACUUCUAAUCUUUUACCUUCCACAUGUCUUAUAACUAGCAUUUUAAUUUAUAAACAUAAAUUUGGCCCGUCUAAAGUUGGAUUAUUAUUAUUUUUUCUGCAUGGUAAUUAUUUUAUUUUUGUGCACGCAUGGAUUUGGUAGUUUAUUCGAACUAGUUGAUCUUCGGUUUCCAUCCAUAUUCUAUACAAAUAAACUUACGCACCUCAUAAUUACUCAGACGGCCACCCAAAAGGACGAGUCACAAACAAUUUAGUCACCAUUGAUUUUAGAAAAGAACUUGCUGAUACACAAACAAAGUCUAUUUUAAUAUUUUGAUAGCUAAAGAAUUGUAUUAUUGUGGUAAUAAAUUACAAAAUUUGUCAAACUCAAUGAUUUGAUUUUUAAAGGUGUUAGUUAAUUGAUGUUUUAUUUGUUCCCCUAAAAACCUUUACUAUUGAUUUUGUACAUAUAGAUUAGGGCAGGAUUUGGGUACUUUUGCAGAAAUUUUUUACUUCUAUAAAAACUUUGCAAAAGUGUGAAAAAUCGUUAAUCUAGCGGCAAGGAUAAAAAUCCCUCGAUGGCACCAAAAAUAUAAGUGUUAUAUAUAGGUGAUAUCCCUUAUGCACAAUCCCACUGCUCACUCUCUCUAAACCAUUUCACUUUAAGUAAAAAGAAGAAGAGAGAGAGAGAGAGACUCGCUUCCAAAUAAACUAUCUAUCUUAUCGUGAGGUUACGAGUGGUAUCUAUAGGAUUGCUCGGCCUGAGAAAAAUGGGGAGGAAGACAUGGUUUAACGACGACGGGAUGAAGAAAGGAGAGUGGAUAGCGGAGGAAGACGAAAAGCUCAUCGCUUACAUCAAUGAGCAUGGCAUGUGUGAUUGGCGUUCAAUCCCCAAAAGAGCUGGUUUGCAGAGGUGUGGAAAGAGCUGCAGAUUAAGGUGGCUUAAUUACCUAAGGCCUGGGAUUAAAAGAGGCAAAUUCACUCCUCAGGAAGAAGAAAAGAUCAUCAAAGUUCAUGGUGUUCUCGGAAACAGGUGGGCAGCCAUUGCGAAGCAUAUGGAGAAUCGAACAGACAACGACAUCAAGAACCAUUGGAACUCCUGUCUCAAGAAAAGACUAUCGAGGAACGGAAUUGACCCGAUGACCCAUGAGCCCGUCAACAAUAACCUCACCGUCACGACCACUUACGUAGAAUGUGGUAGCUCUUCUACGACUACGUGGCCAACGAGGGAAAACCAUUGUUCCUCCACACCUUCCGGCUUGGUUUGUGUCCUGAACAAGCUCGCUGCAGGUAUCUCAUCUAGACAAUACGAUCUCAACAUAAUCAAGAACAUCUUGUUGGACCCGAGAAUCACAAGCAGUGAGCAAGAUGAAGAAGAAGUGUUAAAGAGGGAUCAGGAGAUUGGUGGUUGUGAAGAAGAAGAUUUUCUGAUAUGGGACGAUGAGGAAGUUAGGCGUUAUAUGGAGACUGACGAUAUAGAGUACGAGACGACGCCGUACGUGUCCCUCUUGUACGAAAGUACUCGCAUCUUCUGACUCGAUCGGUCCAGUACUAAAGUGUGUUAAUGUGUUGGCAUAUGAUUUAUUGUUGCAACAAAUAAAAUUAAUGUGGGCCACUUUAACCAAGAGAAGGUUUGUGAAAAAAAAAAUGCAAAAUAGCUUAUGAAAUGAAUUUACAAAAUAAGUAGACUCCAAUGAAGAUUGUUUUGUCUGGUAAUUAACAUACGAUUUUCAAUUUCAUGUCGCUGUUAAUUCACAAGACACAACCAAACCUAUUCCCAUUUUCCAUUCCAAUUAUAAUUACUACUUCUACAGUUCUACGGAAACCAAAUAAUCACACAAUAUAUAAUCUCUACGAAUAUAUAUAUGUCGCGCCAUUUAUAGAAUAGAAUAAUGAUAUACAAGUGACAAAGAAGACUUCAUUAAAGCUGUGAGACUGACAGUGCCCAACUUACAAAGUCGUACAGUGAAUGAGAAGACGUGCCAUGAAUACGUAUAUUUUGAUAUUCUUUCUGUUUCUUUAUUAAUUGAUGUUUAAAAAAAUAUUUGUUUCAAUAUGUUUUUUGGCAUGCAUUUGUUUCCGGAUGUUUACAAAUUUUAAUAUAAAUUUUUAUAUUUCGUAUGAUUGAUUAGAUUUUGUAAUUUAUUUUAGUACUGGUUAAGUAAAAUAUUAAAUAAUUAAUAAUGUUUUGUUUAGAAAAAGAAAAAUAAAUAAUUGCAUGUCUAGUUAUAAAACAGCAAAUAAUAAAUAUAGAAAACUAUAUAACUAGUAAUUUUGUGUGACUCUCCCUUCAAGUAAGAGGAACAUGUUAUUUGUCUCCAUUGGGGCUAGGUGGCGGACCCACGUUAAGAGAUGUGGUGUCACAUGACACCUCUUAAAUCUAAAUAAAUAUGUGUUUUGUAUAAAUUAGCAGUUGAAUUCAUCUAUCUCUGCUGGUAAAAUACCAUAAGUGACACCCCUAAACUC